CUGCGUUUGGCAUUUGGCGGGAACUAUUCGGUUAAUUUGUUGUUCUUUGUAUAGUAUCAUUGGGUUAGCGCGUUAUGAGAGAAUCGGAAUAGGUGUGCAGAGGAUCACGGUUAGACUUUCUAAUGGGAAUCCAAGGCUUGCUUCCAUUUCUAAAAAAGAUCCACAAGCCAGUGAACAUUGCCCAGUUUCGUGGGUAUACUGUGGCUAUUGAUGCUUAUUGUUGGCUUCACAAAGGGGCUUUUGCUUGUGCUGACAAGCUUGCUCUGGGCGAGAAGACUGAUCAGUAUGUGUUCUACUGCAUGAAAUAUGUAGACUAUUUGCUACAAAACCAACUGAAGCCGAUUCUUGUCUUUGAUGGAUGUCACUUGCCUUCUAAGAAGGAUGUGGAAAGUUCUCGACGUCAGCGAAGAGAGAAGAAUCGAGCACAAGCAGCUCAGCUGCUAAGAGAAGGCAAACGCAGCCAGGCAAAGGAGUAUCUCCAACGUUGUGUAGAUAUCACUCCCCAGAUGGCUCUUGAACUGAUGAAGGCAUGUCAUGCACGUGGUGUCGAUUGUAUUGUGGCUCCAUAUGAGGCUGAUGCACAACUGGCAUAUCUGAACAGGGCUGGGAUUGCCCAGUUGGUAAUCACUGAGGAUUCUGAUCUUUUGCUGUUUGGCUGUGAUAAAAUUAUUUUCAAAAUGGACCUAUAUGGAAAUGGUAUACUUAUUGACCGCUCGAAUUUAAAUGAAGUGUGUGAAAUUCAGGAUGGUUUUUACACUUUCGAAAAAUUUCGCUACAUGUGUAUUUUAUCUGGAUGUGAUUAUCUCCCUUCACUGCCAGGAAUUGGCCUAGUCAAAGCAUGUAAAGUUUUUAAGAUCGCACGACAGACGGAUAUUCAACAGAUUCUGAGGAAAUUGCCCAUGUACCUAAAAAUGAAUGUGAUUGUGACAGAGGAAUAUAUCGAAGGGUUCCAAAGGGCAAAUAACACUUUUCUGUACCAGCUGGUCUAUGAUCCACUUGAGUGCAAGCUGUGUCCCCUAAACCCUUAUCCCCCAGAAAUUGACCCAGAGAAAAUGACUUAUGCUGGACUAUACUUUGAUGAAAAGAAGGCACUGCAGAUUGCUCUGGGCAACUUAGAUGUUCACACAUUCAGGAAGAUUGGUGACUUUGAUCCAUCAUCAUUGAAGAUGCAGCAAAAAUAUGGAUCAAAAGAGCAGCAUUUGCUCAGCAUCUGGAGCCACCAAUAUCAACCUGCUUUCAAAAAUACAAGUAAUCAGAGCUCACAAAACAAUUCAUCUUCUCCAAGUGAUCAGGCUGAGAGAGAAAGAAAUCUAAAGUCUACAUUGACCAAAACAUAUUCUGUUAAGCAGGUAAAGCCAGCUGAGGAAUGCCCUGAAGUUAAAAGUAAUGGUGAACUCAUCAGUCUUUAUGCAACAGCAGAACCAAGAAAGAAGAGAACAAAGCUGGAUUCUAGUGGAAGCAGUCCUGUGAAAGGAGAGAUUCAUGUAUUACAUAGUGAUGAAAGCAUAUUUUCAAGAAUUCCCCAUUUACACUCAAAACAGAAUGGGGCCUCUCAGGAGGAACUGACACUGGAAAAUACUUUGUCUCCAAAGAAAGUGAUUGAGAGUGGGAUCGUCCAAGCAGAAGUGAACAGAAAACUAGUUGGUAAAGAAAAUAAAAAAAAUGCCUCCCCCACGAAAAAUAAAUUUGCAGUCUCAUCACUCAUUAAGCGAAACAAAUUUCACCUUGAUGGAGUGGCAUCAAUGGAAAUUAAUGCCAAAGAAGUCAGAAGCAGGUACUUCCAUGAUUUGUCAAACGCUUGUCAUGUAAAACAGGAGCAGUUCUCUUCUGAUUAUGCUGACGGUCAUUUGAGAACACAGGGUCAUGCGUCUGAUUUUAAAAGCACAGAGUGCAUGAAGUCAAGACCAUUGAACGAAACUAAUGAGAAAGAACAAGGAAUGCUGUCACAAGGUUUCCCUCCCCAGCUUGUUUCGUCUUUGAAUGGAGAACAACCUGUGUCUUUAAUAGUAAACCUUAAUAGUAAACCAAAUGCAAAAAGCAGUUGUGCAAACAGACAAUGCACAGAAGAGGGCUUUACAUUGUUACAGUCAUCUGCUACACAUCUCUCAGUGUUACCAGAGUCUUUGACAACUACAGGGGAGACUGAAGAAGAGAAGACACAGUCGAAAGAAUCUCCAGAACUGAAUGCUAAGAGAAAAGCAUCACCAACAUCUGUGUUUUGCUGGUCGAAGUUUAUGUUUGGAAAGCAUGACAGUGACAGCAGGAGACCAAAGAAUAAUUUACAAUCUAAGCACCCUGAGAAUAUGGAUAAAAAGUCAAGUACUGUAUCUGAUAAUUGUAUGUUUAGACAUGACUUAGCUUCACCAGUAUCUCACCAAAACAUUUUAGCCCCUAACCAAGAUACAAAGAUCACAGGAAGUGAGGCAGGCUAUUUCAGUUCUAUAAAACUAAGGAACAUUCAACCAGUGAUUCAAGAACUAGAAAUACAAAAUGGAUUAUCACAUAGCCAGUCCACUGACUCUUGCAGUGUAGAUUCUGAAUACUACCCUUGCAGUCAGGAUUUUGUUGACAACAGAGAUGUCCAAGAAAAGUCAGAAACAAACUUAGUGCCAGAAGAUUGUAAUGGUGGGAAGACAAUAGCUAGCUCAGAUCCCAUCAUUCAGAUUUUGGUUUUGCCACAGUCAACACCUACAACUUCAAGAGGUAAUCACAGUAAUAAACAAUGUCGCGUGUCCGGGCUAUCAAAGGGCAAAAAAAGGGUGAGCUAUGAGUUGGAUAAGAAGCAGCAAAAGAUUCAGGACAUGUUUGCCAGAUUUGCACACCAGAAGUAAGCAAGGUUUGCUUUGCCAGCCAGGCUUUUUCAGUUCUUUGCACUAAUCUGGAGCCUCAGUUGAUGGAUAGGCAUGUUUUAGAUGACUUAUUUUUAAUCAACACUCAUCGUAGUCAGUCAUCUUGCCAUUGGGAAAGAGAGACUGGCGACCAGCCUAAAAGGUCCAGAUCCACCUGCACAGCAAAGAGAAGUGAGAACUAUCCAAGGAUGCUUGGCUUCUUUUCAGUUCAUCGUUCUGCAGCCAUUUUUACUCAUAAAAGAUUCCUCAAAGGAUGCAAAGUGGAGGGAGGUUCAUUUUUUUAAAUGAGUUCACAUGCGUUACAAGCUUUCAGUAUGCACAGGAGGUAAAAUGUUACAGCUUGAAAUGUCAUGGAUGUGCUUAUGCAAUCAAGGCUACAGCCAUUGGAAGAACUGGACGAAUAUGUGUUAAUCAGGUGGAUCCUUGUUUUUAACAUUACUUCAUAUAAGGUGACCAGACGUCCCGCUUUAGGCGGGACAGUCCCGCUUUUGACCUCGUG